GAGUUUGCAGAAAUGAGAUUUCAAAAACCUGAUGUGAAAGAACAGCUAUAUAUUCGUAUAAAGACGCGAGCUACACAGUUAUUUUGCUUCACGUGUUAUGUUCCUGUUGUGGUGGUUUUAUGAACUUGAAAAUUUAUUUAAUUUUUAAUUUUGAUCAUUAAAAAUGCAAAAUAUGUCGAGGUUUUGGAUUAUUUUCUACGGCGUGUUUACAUUGACCCAAGAUGCUUAUUCGAUUAGCAUCAAGAUGCACUACUGUACCCAAUCCGAACAACAUUGCGUACUGCUCUCCGAAUGUACAAAUUCAAGAUCUCUUAUUACCAGUAAACAAGCUGAACUAUGUGGUUUCCAUGAUGAAAUUAAUGAAAACCAGAGGAUAUGCUGCAAUUCGACAAAUAUCGUAAAGACCAAGAAAUCCGAAUUAGUAACUUCAGAAUCAACGCUCGUUCACUAUGUUCCUCUCCAUAAGGAGGCCCAGAAAGAGGAUGAAAACCAGAGGAUAUGCUGCAAUUCGACAAAUAACGUCAAGAACAGGAAUUCCGCAGCGGUAGCUUUGCAAAAAUGCCAAGAGUAUAGCAAAUAUCGAUAUGAGCAAAAAGGGAAAGCAGAUGAACCAUCAAUGACUGCCAGAAUUAUCGGAGGGACCCGAACUCAAGUCAGGGAAUAUCCUCACAUGGCUCUCAUAGGAUACGAAAAAGAAUUAAACCGCGGCCCCGUGAAGUGGAAUUGCGCUGGCAGUUUAAUCAGCGAGAAUUUCGUCAUGAGUGCUGCGUAUUGUGUUCGCGAAUCAUGGUUUACUGACGGUCCACCACAAUGGGUUUUACUCGGAGAGUUGGACAAACCUGCAACCUGGUCACCAUUUGCUUCUUCUAAAACCAUAGAAAGCGCCAAGUACAACGAGUACUAUAGAAUAAUCAAAAUUCAUGAGCACCCAAAUUACAAUACUCCAACACGCUACAACGAUAUUGUACUUUUUGAGUUGAAUACUACCGUCACAUUCAGUCCUCGUGUAAGACCUGCUUGCCUGUAUACUUCAACCACUGAUUUACCCAUCAAUACUAAAGCAAUCAUUACCGGCUGGGGAGAAAACGACACAGACGUAUUGUAUGACAGUACGUUACUGAAAGCAACUAUAGCCAUUGUAGAUCCCGAAGAUUGCAGUACUUCAUUUCCACCCAAAAGAACAUUCUACAAAGCGCCUACGUUCGAUCCAAAAACCAUGAUUUGUGCUGGAGACAUAGACAAUGACACGAAACCAUAUUACGGUGACGGCGGAGGACCGCUGCAAAUCUCGAUGCCAGAACGAGUCGGCAUGUGGAAUAUUAUAGGAGUGAUACCUUGUGGAAGUUUUCGAUACGGUGGUUGUGGAAAACACGAAAAUCCGUCAAUUUAUACCAAAGUGUCACACUAUCUGGAUUGGAUCCAGAGUAUAGUUUGGCCUUGACAGUGGCCAUUUUAAUAACGUUUGUAGGUACCUAUACCUAAGUCUGGGAAAAUACAAAUUCGGCACGUUA